GGGACUGUCUGCACCAUGAAAAGCUUCCUUGUCACAAUCCUCAUCUGGACCACAGCAGCAUGUGCUGAAACAGACAAGCUUCUUGGAGAGAUCAGUGAGACUGGUUUUCAAAAGUGCCAGAAUGCUUUGAAUAUACCAGUUUUGGAAGUGCUACCUGGAGGUGGCUGGGAUAAUCUGAGGAACAUAGACAUGGGACAGGUAAUGGAGUUGACGUACACCAACUGUAAGACCACAGAAGAUGGACAGUACAUCAUCCCCGAUGAAGUCUUUACUAUUCCUCAGAAAGAGAGCAACCUGGAAAUGAACUCAGAAAUCCUAGAUUCCUGGGUGAACUACCGCGGCACCACCUCAUUUUCCAUCAACAUGGGACUUGAUUCUCCUUUCAAAGUCAACGGCAAGUUCUCUACUGAGUUCCAAAGGAUGAAGACCCUUCAAGUAAAGGGCCAUGCUGUAACUGCAAGAGUUCAGGUGAGAAACCUGGUCUACACGGUGAAAAACAACCCAAAUUCAAAGCUCAGCUUGGGGUUUAAGAGGGAGCUCAUGGAAAUCUGUGACCAUCUAGAGAAAAAUCAAACAAAGAUGGCCACCUACCUGGCAGAACUGUUGGUCCUCAACUAUGGCACACACGUAAUCACUAGUGUGGAUGCUGGGGCUGCACUGGUUCAGGAGGAUCACAUAAAGUCCUCCUUCCUUAAGAACAGUGAGGGAAACAAUGUCGCUGCAAGUGUAGCUGCUGGAAUUACCUUCAAAAAGAUGGUGAACUUCAAACCUGAGGCAGAUAUUGGCUAUCAGAAUGAGUUGACCAUAGGCUACCUUGCUAACAGAACCAACUCCAGGAUGCAGAGCAUGGGCGGGGUUCCAUACUACCCAGGCAUCACCUUAGAAAUCUGGCAGAAGGGCAUCACUAACCACCUGGUAGCAGUAGACCGUGCUGGCUUGCCUCUGCAUUUCUUCAUCAAGCCCAACAAGCUGCCUGGUUUUCCACACCACUUGGUGGAGAAGCUGUCCAGGACAGUGGAAGCUGCUGCGAGAAACUACUACACCUUUAACACAUACCCAGGCUGCACAAAUGUCGAUUCCCCCAACUUCAAUUUUCAAGCCAAUACAGAUGAUGGCUCUUGUGAUGGUAAGGUAGCCAACUCUCCGUUUGGAGGCGUUUAUCAGAUGUGUUCUCAAAUCACAUGGUAUGGUGAACUCUGCCCAAAAUUGGAGCAGAAGAAUCCACUCACUGGUAAUUUCUCCUGUCCCCCUGGAUACACCCCUGUCCAUUUGCUGACUCAGACCCACGAGGAGGUUUUCACAAACAGGGAAUGUAAAAAGAAGUGCACCCUCAAGAUCUUCUGCAAGACAGUAUGUGAAGAUGUCUUCCAAGUGGCCAAGGCUGAAUUCAAGGCUUAUUGGUGUGCAGCCACUGGCCAAGUACCUGUAAACUCAGGACUUCUCUUUGGGGGAGUCUUCACUGACAAGAGCAUCAACCCUAUGACAAAUGAACAAUCAUGCCCAACCAGCUACCUUUCACUGAGCUUGUUGGAGAACCUCAAGGUAUGUAUUUCUAUGGAUCAUGAGUUGGGGCACAAGUUUUCAAUCCCCUUUGGUGGGUUUUUCAGCUGUACAACGGGGAACCCCUUGGUUGAUUCUUCAAUAUCCAAAGACUUAGAGGAAGAAUCAUUUCUGCAAAAGUGUCCUGGGGGCUUCAGCCAACAGCUAGCUAUUAUCAGGGAUGGAUGCCAAGUGUCCUACUGUGUCAAGGCUGGGGUCUUUACAAAAGCAUCCCUGGCCCCUGUUAGGCUACCACCUUACACUCAACUACCCGUUAUGAGUCAGUCUGAUGCCAGCUCCAUUGGAAAGACAAGGAGUGAGGGUGCCAAAUCCUGGAUUAAGGACUCCUACACCCAGGAGUGGAGGCUAGAGGAGCCAUCAAAAGGUGUAUCAGCAGGAGCCGCUGCUGGAAUCACAGUUGGGGUGAUCCUGGCAUUAGGGCUUUUAAUUGCCUUGGCCAUCUAUGGCAACCGGAGGCUUAAGAAGAAUGAACACAAAGGAACUGCAAGAGCUAGAGCCACCCCUGAUGGAGUGCAGGAUCCAUAUCCAGCUUAA